GGCGGGUUCCGAUUGGAUACGACAUAAUCUAACAAAACUGUAAGUCAGACUCUGAAGAAAGAAGAAAAGAUUGUAUUCGGUAUUCCUAUAUGAUUCUACAAAUUCCAAUCUAACAAUUAUAAUUAAACUCUCCCCCAUUCUGCAAUUCCAAUGACUAUUUUCAUCUGAUUGCCCCUCGUGCGCGACGUCCUUCCUUGAUUUCUUUGCCUUUUUCAUGUAUAAUAAAGGAGGUGAGGCAACGGAAAAAGCACUAGAAAGCACAUUUAGAGUGCAGGAUGGCCACAAAAGGGAACUCAGGAGACCAUAAAACAAGGAGCUCUGUAUCAAUUUUUAUUGUGGUUGGUUUAUGCGGUUUCUUCUAUAUAUUGGGUGCGUGGCAGCGAAGUGGCUUUGGAAAGGGUGAUAGCAUAGCAUGGGUGAUCACCAAACAGACACACUGUAGCAUCCUCAACAAUUUGAAUUAUCAGACAAGUGGUGAUGCAGGAAUAGUUGAUAGUUCCGGAGAAGAAGUACAGGAGAUUAAGCCAUGUGAUGACAAGUAUAUUGACUACACGCCUUGCCAAGAUCAAAUGAGAGCAAUGACAUUUCCUCGAGAAAAUAUGAAUUAUCGGGAACGGCAUUGUCCGCCUGAAGAGGAGAAGCUGCACUGCCUUGUUCCAGCGCCCAAAGGAUACGCAAACCCGUUUCCAUGGCCAAAGAGCCGUGAUUAUGUACCCUAUGCAAAUGCACCUUACAAGAGCUUGACAGUUGAGAAGGCUGUUCAGAAUUGGAUACAAUAUGUGGGUAAUGUGUUUAGAUUUCCUGGUGGAGGAACACAGUUUCCUCACGGGGCAGAUGCAUAUAUCAAUGAACUUGCAGCUGUGAUCCCCAUGGACAAUGGGUUGGUUAGAACUGCUCUAGAUACUGGAUGUGGGGUUGCAAGUUGGGGUGCAUAUCUUUUCAAGAAGAAUGUUAUAGCCAUGUCAUUUGCUCCAAGAGACUCUCACGAAGCACAAGUUCAAUUUGCACUGGAAAGAGGUGUUCCAGCUGUUAUUGGUGUUCUUGGAACUAUCAAGCUGCCAUAUCCUUCUAGAGCCUUUGACAUGGUUCACUGUUCUCGUUGCCUUAUUCCAUGGGGUUCUAACGAUGGAAUGUAUAUGAUGGAAGUUGAUCGUGUUCUUAGACCUUGUGGUUAUUGGGUGCUUUCUGGUCCUCCAAUCAAUUGGAGGAACAAUUACCAAGCAUGGCAGCGUCCUAAAGAGGAACUUGAGGAGGAACAGAGGAAGAUCGAAGAAACUGCUAAACUUCUUUGCUGGGAAAAGAAACAUGAGAUAGGUGAAAUAGCCAUCUGGCAGAAAAGGAUAAACUAUGAUUCUUGCCGUGACCUAAAUCCUCAGCCUACAAUGUGCCAACCUACAAACACAGAUGAUGUGUGGUAUGCCAUGUGGUACAAGAAAAUGGAGACAUGUGUAACUCCCUAUCUUGAGACCCAUGAGCCAAAUGAAGUUGCUGGUGCACCAUGGAGGCCAUUUCCAGAAAGACUUAAUGCUGUUCCUUUCAGAAUAUCCAGUGGCUCCAUUCCCGGAGUAUCUAUUGAGGCAUACCUGGAAGAUUUUCGUCUUUGCAAAAAGCAUGUCAAUGCCUAUAAGAGGAUAAACAAAAUCCUUGACUCAGGAAGGUACCGCAACAUCAUGGAUAUGAAUGCUGGUAUGGGAGGUUUUGCUGCUGCCCUUGAAUCUCCAAAAUUAUGGGUUAUGAAUGUUAUGCCUACAAUAGCUGAAAAAGACACUUUGGGUGUGAUAUACGAGCGUGGCUUGAUUGGCAUAUAUCAUGAUUGGUGCGAAGCCUUCUCCACUUACCCAAGGACGUACGACCUAAUUCAUGCAAAUGCCCUUUUCAGCUUAUAUAAAGAUAAGUGCAACAUGGAAGACAUUCUUCUGGAGAUGGAUCGCAUUUUAAGGCCAGAAGGAGCAGUCAUAUUCCGUGAUCAGGAGGAUAUAUUGAUCAAGGUGAAGAGAAUUGUUGGAGGAAUGAGAUGGAAUACAAAAAUGGUGGAUCAUGAGGAUGGUCCGCUUGUCCCAGAAAAGGUCAUGUUUGCUGUCAAACAGUACUGGGUUGCUGGAGAAUACAAUCGUACGACCUCACAAUAAAUCAGGACUGUGCUAAUUAAUGCUACUUUUUCUGACUCGGAAUCAACCAAUGAAUUUUGUCACACGUGGGGCCGCUCUGCGAUAAGCAAAGUCAUUGAAUAUAUGCUUCUAUAGUAUUUAUUUAUCGUUUAUUAGCUUCUGUUCUUCUGGGGUAAAUAUGGAAUACACAUAGGUCAUUCUUACUUGCAAAGCCUGGUGGUUACAGUCCUUUCAAUUCCAAAUUCAUUUGUCUUUUCUUCUUUCUUUUAUCUCAUAGCCAACACUUAGCUUUAGUUUCAGGCCUAGGUGGAGUUCAGUGUUGGCUUUUCUACAGUCUGUAAAAAAAUUUUGAAGUUUUCACUGAUGUCCAUUUUGCCUUAUAAAUCCAAUUUCAUGGCAUUCUUUUUUAUC